AUGUCCGAACAGGGCAAAGCCAACAGCGCGUUUCUUCGGAGAUGCCAGAAGAUCAAAGACACACUCGGCCGCGAUCCCACGCAUUGGGAACUCAUGGCUCUGAGAAUGCUCCCUCUUCCUCCUGCUAGCCAGCCGUACCUCGUAACCCCGGAAGGUGUCAAAGUGAAUUGCCCGCACCAGAUGCGUGAAGUUCUAGCCCGCUGCGAAUUGAUGGAUGAUAUCACCGGACUGAAUGAAAUUGGUUCUCAACUCAACGUGUACGUCGAGCGCGACGCCUCACCUCCCAUUGGAGACCCUUCAUCUUAUUUGGCGCCAAUCUCUUCCUCCACGUAUACCGCAUCCUCUUCCAACCCCCCCUUUCCCUUCCAAAGAAAUGCGCAGCGCGGAGAGGAUGCUGGCCAUGACGGACCGGCCGGACCAAGCAAGUGUACAUAUCCCGACCCAGACGAUCACAACCUAAUCGACUUGACCACGUCUCCGCGUCGGAAUCCUACAGGCGACCCUGAAACCGGUGACAGGUCCAGCCUUAUUAAGUCUGUUCGACAACCUCCCAUGUUCAACUUCUCAACCCCAACAAGACGUAACAGAGUCACCGAAGGCAUCGUUGCGACUCCCACACCUACCAAUUCAGGCAGACAACCCCGCAAGUCGUCGGCCAGCAAGCGUGUCCAUACUCCACAACAAAUUGAGUCCGAGUCAGAAAUUUCCCAACCAAAGCGUCGUGCUAGUCAGUCCAGAAAGUUGAGCUUGUCGGGAGUCACGACGCCGGUUCGCCCACCUACUAAUCGCAAGAGCUCAGCCACGCCACGGUCAUACUACGAUGAGUUGCUUCAGGUUCCCAAUUUCCAAGCGGGGAUGGGACUUCAGGCACAAAAUCAGAUGAUCCCAACCUACAAUCCUUACGACCCUAAUCCUGGCUGCAUGACCCUACAAAACAAUAGUCUCGCAUACGGUGAUCAGUCUCGGGCAUACCCUCAACCUGUCAUGGCUCUUAACCAUGGAUACAACUACCCGGCGCAGGCAGUGGAAAAUAGUCGCGGAAUUGACGAGUCUAUGCAGGCGAUGAAUCAGCAGAGACAAGACGAAAUUCGCAGUCAGCAGGAGGAAAGUGAAAAUCAAGAAUCAAAGCCUCCGUAUAUUCCUGUUUACACGCCCCCACGUCCUGAGAUGACCUCUGCGAAAACUGAACCACCACAUUCCAUACACGCAGGCUUGUCAGGUAUGAUGGAGACUCCCGCACGUCCUGUGAUGAACUCUUCCUAUUUUGGGCCACAACAGUCCGGCCGCGAAAGCUCAUCAAGCAUGAUGGAGACUCCGCCACGUGCUGCGUUGGCUUUGGCAAAUGUUGGACAGCGACAGUUUCUGCACAGAAACUCGCCAGGCACCCCAAACAUCAUGAUGAGCACAAACAUUCCAUCACAACACUCACCUUUCGGGGGCUCACUUGAUAUGCUCAAGACUCCGCCCGAAUACAUUCUGAGCUCUCCACUCCAGACGAAAAGCAAUCAAUCUAGCGGUCGCUCCCGAUCUAGCAACAGAGCAGUUCCGGUGUGUGAUGACUGUCGCAAGGCGAAGGUCUAUUGUGAUACAUCCCUAGGCCUCAGUGGUGGAGGUUGCAAACGAUGCCGACACACCAACCGUAAUUGUUCCCUCCUGGCAACUAAUACUCCUAGAGCAAACCAAGAUCCCAACCUAAUCCAGUCUAUUGAAGGACCGCAGCUGCAGCUGGGUGACCUUCUCCCCCGACCAGACUCUUCCGCAGAGACUGUUGGCUAUGCAGCAGCUCUCAAGCCAUCUGCUCCGUUAUACAGCGCAGAUGAUGAUGUGGUCCAUGCUCGCGCGCAGUUGAUUCAAAAGAACACAGCGAAGAAAUUGCCACGCCCUCCACCGCAUCCAUCUCAACUCGGUCAGUUCGUGCUCCAACCCUUGCCUCGACAGCAGCUUCAGUAUGGUCAGUCCACGGCCAGUCCUGGUGGUUACUAUCAUCCAGCCAUUUCCUCGCAUCCUCAAUCUUCCGCAGCGGCCCUACCACCAGUUCCCAAUAUGUAUCAAUACCAAACAGUCGCCACAAAUUCGGGGUACCAAUACACGGGCCUACCUCCAGCCAAUUUCGAGCGUAAUAUCCGUCAGUUCCCAACCGGCAAUCUUCGAUUCGGGGAUUCUACUGGCCAUCCUCGUACAUACCCACAGCCACUCCCCGGUAACGGUCCUGUAAAUAUGUCAGCCUUUGCAAGACGUGUCCCGGAUCCUUUCCGACAGAUGCCAAUGCUCCAUCCUGGUGCAUCGUCUCUGCCACAGAGCAGUGGCUCGCCUUCCCCCGCUCCCAGCCAUCCGUCCACAACAAUCAGUCGCCGUCAACUGGUCCGAUCAUCUGCGCCAACUCCCGAACUCAUUCCAGCUCUAGGCUCUUUUACGGAGUUUUUCGAACAUCCAGAGGCGGAGGCCAAGUGGCGCAGCGAUGCUGUGACUGCUACGCUGGCAGAUAAGUCGAAGCCAGAGGAGACUGGUGAUUGUGCUGCUGCUGCUUCAUCUUCCCCUCCACCUGAACUUCCUAAGGCUAAGGCAAAGGCGAAAGGAAAGGCGAAGGCGAAGGCGGUCCGCCCGUUCAACGAAAUCGCUGACCCGGUCUCGCCAUUCUACACAGAGUUCUUCAACGACCCCGAGGCAGAGGCAAAGUGGCGCAACGAUGCUGUGGCCGCUGUAUUAUCCCAGAAAGAUAUGCCGGAGAAGAACGCAGAGGACGAGAGAUAG